AUGAAAGUCUACGUUUUGUUCAGUUUCUGCGCUGUAGUCUUCUCGGGCGGAGUAGAGUCUUACCACUUGAAUCUACAUAAUGACAACCAGCAGAGUCUACUACAGAGCUCACACCCUGAUUUAGAAAGCAUUGUCAGACGAAGCCUAAAUCAGCAUCACAAUCACAAUCUUCAAAACUUAGAAAACUCCCAACUAUGGUCUCAAAGUCUACGAAAAUCUGGAGGACAAUGGAACCAAAAUAUCCAGCAACUCUCGAAUACCCAGAACCUGCGAAGAUCAAACAAUUUGGACAGCUUAAACCAAGAAAAUAACAAACUUCUUAAUCGUUUACACGCUCGCCGACAAGGGGGAUCUGAUGAUAUUAAUCUUAUGUCUCUUGACGAUUAUAGUCUUUUGAAUAGUGCUCUAGUUCAGCACAGUAUUUCUAGACAAGGAAACCCUAAUCUGGAUAGUCCUAAUCUGGAAAACAGAUUUAGUAUUGGGAUCAAUGCUGGCAUCAAUGCUGGUCCCGGGCCCUAUGGCUAUGGGUAUGGGUACCCUAUGCAGCCUGUUGCUCCAAUGUACGGACCUGGUCCAUACUAUGGUAAAAAAUAA